CUAUUAAGUGAAAAGCAGGGAGAGUCAGUUUAAAGAUUUUGGUAUUAUUUUCGAAUAAUAGAAAGGCUAAUAUACUUCGAAACAACCAGCUUGUUAAACACCACUGGGAAAUCCAAGUUUUUACAUUAUUGCUAUUUUUUUAUUUUAUCACUUUUUUUUUUUUAGAAAAGCUUCAAGUAUAAUUCACGAAUAUUUGGCUGUCUUAAAGUUUGUACUUAUUAUAUUCGUACCUUUCCCAAAUAGUAAAUAUUUUAUCUGUCUAGAAACAAAAUUGCAUAAAGCUUUAUAUCACAUGUCAGUCAUGUACAAUUCAACUGAGGAAGUAGAGCCACAGAUGUCAACAGUGUCAGUAGUCUCAUUGUUGCUGACAGCUGUAUAUAUGCUUAUAGGAUGGGUGUUUGCGACACUCAACAGAGGCAGAGUGUCCAGAGAUGACUACUGGGUGUUGGUCUGGCUUGUCUAUGAUGUUCUCAUACAUAUUACUUUAGAAGGCUCAUUUGUUGUUAUCUCCCUUGUCAGCACAGUACAGGAAAGUGAUCAUUUUACUGCCCAGCUUUGGAAGGAAUAUGCUAAGGCAGAUGCUCGCUGGGGUGUAUCUGAUCCAACUAUAGUCUCCCUAGAAAUACUCACUGUUACCAUUGUAGUGGUAUUUGCAGUAAUGCUCAUCUAUGCUAUAGUGAAGGAUCGUUAUUACAGACAUUUCUUGCAGAUUAGUUUGUGCGUAUGUGAGCUUUAUGGAGGUUGGAUGACAUUUUGUCCUGAGUGGUUGACAGGCAGCAAGUAUUUGAGAACAGAUAACUGGUUACAUUUGUGGGUCUACCUUGUUUUCUUCAACAUGCUAUGGGUGGUGAUACCAUUACUACUGCUGUGGCAGUCUUGGUUUGCUAUGAAGGGCGGGUUUGGAGAAGACGGGGCAUUAAUAGAAGAGGUGACAACAACAACAACAAAUACAGUGAGAACCUACAAUAAAGUACCAAAGGACAGACCGAUAAAUUUUAAACGAGAAUAGAAUAUAUUAAGAAACUGCUGUCCUUCAGAACCUUGUAUGUCAGUUUUGGUCAUUUUUCAGGAGACAGAAAAAGUAUAUACAGUGUUCUGAAAAAUCAUUUCCAUUUCUUCACUGUACUUUAGACUCAAUCAAAAGCAAUUACAAUUGCUUCGGUGUAAGGAUUACUUCAAUAUUUCCCAUCAUUUGCCUUAUGUUGCAUUGGUUACACCAGUUGAUUCAGGAAAACAAGUAAAAUUCUGUGAAGACUGUUCAUAUGUAACUUUUUAAUAUUAAAUCUCCAGUUUAGUGAAGGAAGUUUCUGGCAUUUGUUAUUGCUCAACCUUUAGCACAGUUGUCUGUCCGUUACUUAUUGAUUCUGGUUUAGGGAUAAAUAUAAAUUUGUAUAGUUGUUACUUCAUGUUAAUUGAAACAAACUAGGUGCGAAAUUGUUUUUAGUUGAUAAAAAGCGGAAAGGUUAACUUAGUGUCUGUCUAAAGGAAAUGUGGAUGCUAUGAAAACAGAAAUGACUGUUUACAAGACUUAGUAUGAUUGAUGUCAAAAUAGAAAAUGUUGUACAUGGUUGUUACUGUUUAUUUUGAUGCAAGAUGUAUGGUAUUACAAGUUAUAGUGAUUUAUACUUUUCUUACAUACAAUUGUCUGUUGAAAUAAAUGUAAUAAAAUCUAAGAAUAUUUUUCGAAAAUAAACAUCAAACAAAACAUUUCAUGUCUGAAUUUUGGACUUUAUAUAAGUCUUUUUAGUAAUUAUGUAAUAAUUUAUGUGCUGAAUUGAAAAUUUAAGAAAACUGAAUUAGUUUAUCAUAAAAUUCAUUAUAGUUUGUUUUGGUAGGUUGUAAACUUAAUAAUAUUCAGAUGUGAAUGAAAAUAUUUUAUGUUCAUUUUUUAUGAUAGAAACUGUUUAAAACACUUCUUUCAAAGAGUGAACCUUAAAGUAUGUACUAUGUUAUGGAGCAAAGUCAACACAGUUGAUUUAAAUUUGUUUAAUAGUAAGUGAUGCUUGACAUGUUCUUAAUUCAGCAGAUACGAAUGAUCAGACAUCAAGAAAGAACAAAUUCAUCACUUUGAACAGAUCUAUUCCCUUGGUGCCAUUCACCUAAAGUAGAUUUUUAUAAAAGAUAGUGCACGAAUGCUGGAAAGAAUAUUUUGAAUGAAAGGAUUUUCUAUGUUUUGGUCAAGUCGACUAUAAAACAGAAGGCGAGUCAGAAAAUAUGAUAAAUUUGUCUUCACUUUAUUCUGAAACACAGAAAUUAAGUCUUUUAUCAAAAGAUGAAUUAUGCAUUGUGUUCAAUGAUACAAAAUACCAACUGUCUGAUAGUUACCAACUCCAGUAUUUUUGCAGAACUAAGUACCACUAAAGAAGUGCAUCACCAGAACAGACAUACAAGGUUAUAAUAGUGAUGUUAAGGAAUAGCUCAAGUAUCUCGUAACCAUAUUUGCUUACCAUUGUAUAAAUUAUCAAAAGUUUCUAAAAGACUGCAUAUUUGUGCUAAAAUUGAUUGCAGUUAGUUUUGCAUAUCAUGUAAGUUAUCAUGUUGUGUAUUGAAAUUUAUUAACAGUGAUAUUUAUACAUGUACAUCCAUAUUAGAGGUUGAAUAUAUUUGCAAAAAUAUUUACUCAUGCUAGAUUUGUAGUCAUCCAUAAAAUAUUUGCACCAUAACUUUAGAAUAUUCUUUGUUUUGUUAUUUUCAGAUAUGUGUUAAACAUGACAAUUUUUGUAUCUUAUUUGCACAAAUCUCUCUUAUAUUCACUGUUUAUUGCCGUUAAACAGUAUAAUAUGUGGUACCCAUGACACUUUCCUGCUGAAGAUAUCUCUGUUUAUAGUAAAAGUAUGAGACAACUUGAUAUUUCGGUCCAUAUGCAAUAUACAGACUGUAUAGUAGAACAAAAGUGCGACAUAGUUUCUAACAGUUUUUGUCUGACUGCCAAGUGUGUUAACUUGCUAAAGGACCUCAUUGUCAUGUAUUAUAUUUUGUUUGUUUUCAUUGUUAGUUGUUAAGAAAUUGACUUUGUCAUACAAAAUUCUGUCACAUGUAUGUUAAGACCAUAUGUUCUGCAUUCUUCUUACAUUCGAAAUUACUCAAUUUUCUGUAUUCUAGGAAACUGUCUUUUUCUCAAUGAAUCAUGAAAUUGUUUUGACACUAUUCAGUUCAUUUAAGAUGUUAAUUAUUAUUCAGGUGUAGGACAGUAUUAAAACUUGUCAUAUUUUCACCAAGAGCAACUUCAUGUCAGUGUUCUGUAAGGCAGCAGCUAGUCUCAUGAGAAUUAGAUAAGAUGGUGCCUAUGCAAUAUUUUUGUUGAAAAUGAAGAAUAUUUUACUAUGUACACCUAAAUGUUUGUCAGAAUGUUUAUAGAAAUGUAUAUUCAAUAUAAUUCUUUAUUUCUCGCAUAAACCAAAGGUUUAGGUGAGCUGUUAGAACUGGUGGAUUGUCUGGCAUCCACAUUUGGUUUGUUAACACUCUAGAGGUCACAAUGUUUGCCCUGUUUGAAUGAAACCUGGUUAGAAUGUUUGUCUUCAUAAAACUUCUGGGGGGAUUGAAAUUGGUCAUCUGUGGUAAAAAAAACUAGGUUAUAUCAUAGACAGUCAUUGUUAACACUCUUAAGGCCAUAUUUUCUACCUGAUCUUCAUGAAAUCUGGUCAGACUGUUGUCUUGGUGAAAUCUAUGUCAAAUGUGAAACAAGGAAAUCUUGGUUUAAAACUAGGUCAGUUUGUGAAAUCGUAGGAAAAAAAUGUUUACACUCUACAAGUGGUAUUGUUUACCUGAUCAUUGUGGAACCUGGUCAAAAUUUUUCUUUUUGUGAAGUGAAGUCAGUUUUGAAACUGGGUCAUUUUGGAUUAAAAAUUAGGUCAUGAGGUUAGGUCAUGUAAGGACCUUGUUAACUCUCUAUAGGUAAAUUUUCUACCUGAUUUUUAUAAAAGCUGCUCAGAAUGAUUGCCUUAAUGAAAUCAAAACCAUUUUGAAACUGUCAUAUGGGGUCAAAAACUAGGUCAAAUAAUAGGAUUAUGUUUUAACUCUAUAUGUGGCCCAGGGGUCUAGUGGUAACACACUUGACUGUCAAUCCAGAGGUACAGGGUUCGAAUCCUGGACCAGGCACUGAGUGUCUCCCACCUUACUUAGAGGCCUGUACUGGUUUUUCCCAGGUAAGACAGUUUCAUGUGUAUUGGUGCUAUACACCGGGCACAAUUAAAAGAACCAGACUGUCUUUUCGCAAAGAGCUAGGCUAAAUUAGCUGGACAGGCCUUAUCAAACAAGGAUUUCUUUCUGUUCUGGGGGGGGGCUUCAUUUCAUUCGCACCCUGAAUGGCUCCGUUUGCGCUUUGUGAAGCGCAUUUGAAAGUGUUUAUCAUGAAAAGAGCGCUCUAUAAAUCUGGUAUAAUAGUAAUAACUGUGCUUGAUCUUCAUUAAAGCUGGUCACACUGUUUGUCUUUAUGAAAUCAAGACCAGUUUGAAACUGGGUCAUAUGGUCAAAAACAAAGUCUCUGAAAAACUUCAUUUACACAUUCUAGGUGAUGUUUCUACCGGAUUUUUAUGAAGGUAAAAAUGUUUUUAUGCAGUCUAGCUUCAGUUGGUGAUAAAGUAGGUCACUAAGCUGAAACAUAGAAAAACCUUGUUAACACUCUUGAAGUUGUAUUUUCUAAAUGAUUUUUGUGAUACUUUGUCAGAAUAUUCAUUUUUUAUGAAGUGUAUGUCAGAUUUGAAACAGGAUCUUCCGGCAUAAAAAAAUUUAGCUCACUAGGUCAAAUCAUAGACAUAUUUUUAACACUUCAUAGAAGCCGUGUUUUCUUCUUCAUCUGUACGAAACCUGUACAGAAUGUUGUUUAUGAAAUCUAGGACGUACCCAAAACUUGGUCAUCAUGACAUAAUAUUCAAGGUCAAAGAGUUAAGAUCGGGUCAACAUUGCCCUCUUGUUUAAAGUACUCGUCUAAAUGUGACAAGUUUAAAAAUAUGUUAAAGGUGAUCUUUGUUCAUCUUUCACUAAAAAUGAAAGUUCUUACAAUUUUUUGAAAAAAAAAAUGUUUUAAAACUGGAGUUAUGGCCCUUGUAAGCUAUGCUGCCUUUAUACUGUGAUAAGAGUAUUAUAAUACUAUAAUGUAAUAGCCAGAGAUUAAUAACAUAUUUCCUAGAAAAAUAAUUAUUGUUUUAUGAUAAGAGAUACAAAAUACAUGUAUGUGUAAAGUUAUUUUGGAGCUUCUAAAUUAGUUAUGUAUUGCUAUUGGCCUGAAUAGGGGAUAUUUUGCAACGAUCUGAGACUGCCAUAUUUUAUACUUAGGGCAUUCACUUUGUGAAAGACAUUUCGAUCUUUCACUGAAACAAAAUUAUACCAAAUUUAUACCUCAUAAUUUACAAUUUCACAUUAUUUGCUCAGAAUGGCAGCAGUAUAACAUCUUUUUUGAGAAGAUAUAUGUAUAUAAAUAUUAAGGUUGUGGCUUUCAUGUAUUUUCUAUCACAUGUGAGUUUUACAUAUCAGGUAAAUACACAGGCAAUGAUUGUGACUUCCAUUAUUGUGUUGCAAAACAGUUUAUAGAGUAACAGAUGUAGUGAAUCAAUAUAGUCAAAUUACUGUAGAUAUAGAAACCAAAUAAUUACACCAAACUGGACUUUUCAUUCAUAUACCCAUGCCUGCACUAGUGACCACUACGGUAGCAUUUGACAUUUACUUGUGUUUAAAAUCUCUAAAUUUAAAUCAGUUGUUUGCAAACACUGCGGGCUCAUAAUGCUACUGUCCUAUAUUGUGUCUUGUUUCUUUAAAGAUCGAACUAACCGUCUCUUGGAAACAUACUUGAAAGACUAGAACAUACACAAGACACACCAAUAUGAGUAGUUUUGAUGUAGUUUGCGGCAUGCAGUCCUGCAUGCAAAAUUUGCUUUUGUGUGAUACAGCUUUUACAGGAAUGUUAUUUUAUAUAUCGGCUUACGAAAUAAAACUUACAAAAUAUU